AGUACAGGAGAGCAAUAAAAAGCUCUUUCGACGACAAAGUUUUGAAGAAGAAGAAGAGUACCAGGAACUUGGACCGCAAGUCCAACAAAGACUCGUCUUGUCCUGGUGAAGAGAGCAGCUCGGUUAUAGAAAUCUAUGGUGCUCAGCGAAUGAAAUGGGACAGAACCAAGCUAGGGUUGGAGAGCAACAGGGGACACUGGAGGAAAAGGAACCCAGCCCAGACCCAGGGGGUAGCAAGAAGGAAGGAAACGCAAGCGAGGUGACCUGCAGAGAGGUGGAGGAUGAAGCUGGACUGGUUAGGGAAAGCCUGGAUGUGAGCCCAGGCACAGAGCCAGCAUCACCUACUCUGAAGCUGGAUAGUUGUUCUCGCAAAAAAGGAGCCCCUCCUAUAGACUGGGAAUGGAUACAGGGAGUGGAUGGAGAAAGAGAGGGAGGAAAAGAAAGAGGAGAGGGCGAGGGAGGCAGGACCAAAGUUCGAGGUUUGCAGAAGCUGAACAAUAUUAGAGUCACUAAGAGAGGCACGUUGAACACUGAAGUGGCCGGCUCUUCAAAACCAGAGUGCGUAGCUGUGGCAGAAAGGAACAACAGGAUGGACCUGGAAAACUCAGCGAAUGACAGUCAUGAAUGGAAGGUAAUUCAUAAGGACAACAUCCAGGACCUUGCAUGGGACUCAUCUAGUGGAGUGGAGAAUGUUCAUUAUCAACAAUCCAAAUCAUCAGUCAAUGAGGAGAAGAGUGCCACUUCAGAGGUUACAGGCAGCCUUAAGAAACAAGAUGGAAGCAGCAUGACUGAUACUGUGGCUGUUCCAGGCAUCAACACCUUAAUUGUCACAGAGGAUUUACAUUACGAUCAUUUUCCAUUUGAAAUGCCUCUUCCAAAAUCUGAGGCACCAACCAGAGCCACGGAGAAGAACAAUGUAGACACAAUGAAUGCUCUAUUACAAAAGAAUUUACCUGGAGAAAUUCCACCAUGGCAAGAUGGACCUGCUGCCAUCCUAAAGUCCUGUGAACCAAGCUUGGCUGAUGAAGACAGAGGAAAAUUAUCACUUUUUACUUCUUUUAGGGACAACCUACCAUUAAAAUGGAGAUCAACCAAAUCUGAAUGCCAGGAGAAGAUCAUUUCUAGUGAACCGAGUAGUUCAGGAGUACCGGAGCAUGUAGCAACAUCAGAACAAAUAUAUGGAACAGAGAUACCAUCUCUUGCAAUGACCUUUGACCUGUCGGAUAAAGUGGAGCUUAAAACGACAGAGAUGUUAUUACCGAACAGUGGAGAUGUCUGCGAUUUCGCCACCGUAGUGGAGCGCAAAAUCAGGGAUAACUUUGGAAAAAAAGAAAAAUACCAGGCUGCAGGUAGUAAUAUAGAGAGUAGUGAUACAACAGAUAAGAGCAUGACUAUCCCAGAUUCUUCAGUGAUGGCAUCUUUGGGCCUUGCAAUGUACAGAGGUCCAACCAUGUCAAGUUUUGAAGAGCUGCAGGAAGAGGAGAGGCACUUGUCUGUGCCAGACUUGGAGAAUAAUGCAGAGAGAAAAACUGACGUAUCAUGCGAUGCAGGAGGAGCACAUAAGGAGACUGAAGAAUUCCCUCUUGAACAAGAAGAUAGAGUAUAUUAUUAUCCCCCAAAAGAAACAGCCAAUGUCCAAACUGAGAAAAUUCCUGAGCAGUUUUUGGAAGUGGUGACCGGACAGUCAGAGAUGCUGUCACUCCCUGACAUGACACAGGGCAUUAUGGGUGAAAUGGAUCCCCAUCUGGCCUUGAAUGCAUCCAUGGAAUCUAAAGAUGCUCUUGUUAGGGAGAAAGAAAUGAGAAAUCCAGACAUGCUUUGGGUUAAAGCUACAGAAUCAGAAAGCGAACUAUCAGGCAAAAUUAUGUUUUCCACCCAAGACAGGGACAAGGGAAACACUAUGGCAACAGAGAAAAAUUUGGAGGAACGAUCAACUGUAAUGUUAGAGAAAGAUCAAGGCAAAUCCUUUGGAGAGAUGACCUCAUCAAAGAGGGACCGAGACAACCAGAGUGUUGACAAAAACCUCACUUCGGUUACUGAUAUUCACCAGGAAGCAUCUGUAUCCAUUUCUAACUCCAAGCUCAUUUCUGUCUCAGAGAGCACUGCAGGUCGUGAAGAGGGCAGGCCACUGCUGUCACAUGUAGACUCUGAGACUUGUGUACCUUUGACUGAAAUUUCAAAAUCUAUGGAGAGCCAUGAACUAAAGAAUAUGACAAAUGAGGCAAAGCUUUGCAUUGAAGAACCCAUAAAAGCAUUCACUGGUCCUGUCAAGGAUGGAUGUGGGAGUUCUGUAUCACAGAACCCUGGGACAGAUAAUUCCACCACUUCUCUAGAUGUGCAAAUUUCCCCGCAAGUGUGCUGUAUGCAACACAAUACAGGACAAAACAAUCUUACACCGCAAUCCGUUGGACAGUCUCUCGCGUCAGACCGUGCCACUACUAUGCUAAGCCAAACUGAUCAAAGCAUUGGAACGAGGAAUGAUCAGACUCCUGUAUCUCAUCAGGGUGGUGUCCCAGCAAAGGAAAAAGCAGAAAACCCUCCAAAAGGCAAGCCUGUGUCUGACCUAAUAAAAGAAACCAUCCAGCUGCAUGAGAAGAUGAAGGAGUGGACCAAACCUGCAGAGGCUAAAGCUGAUGUGGUCUUGGACACCGCACAAAGUGUCAAAGUGGCGCAGAUGAAGGCAGCGUUCGACUUACCAAAAAAGUCACUGGAUAAAGGUCUGGAAAGAAAACCUUCAGUGAAGAAAGAUAUGAGACGGGUGGUGCGGCAGAGUAAGUUCCGGCACGUGUUCGGCCAGGCGGUGAAGAACGACCAGUGCUACGAUGACAUCAGGGUGUCCCGGGUGACGUGGGACAGCGCCUUCUGCGCCGUCAACCCCAGAUUUGUUGCCAUCAUCGUGGACGCUAGCGGUGGCGGAGCGUUCAUGGUUCUGCCUCUUCAAAAGACGGGUCGUAUAGAUAAGGCCUACCCAACGGUAUGUGGACACACAGGGCCAGUGCUGGACAUCGACUGGUGUCCUCACAAUGAUCAGGUGAUCGCCAGCGGCUCAGAGGACUGCACCGUCAUGGUGUGGCAGAUCCCCGAGAACGGUUUGGUGACCUCCAUGUCGGAGCCCGUGGUGGUGCUGGAGGGUCACUCCAAACGGGUGGGAAUCAUCACCUGGCACCCGACGGCCCGCAACAUUCUGCUCAGUGCUGGUUGCGAUAACGCGAUCAUGAUCUGGAACGUGGGCACGGGCGAGGCACUCAUCACGCUGGAGGACAUGCACCCAGACGUCAUCUUCAGCGCGUGCUGGAACCGCAACGGCAGCCUCAUCUGCACCGCUUGCAAGGACAAGAAAGUGCGUGUCAUCGACCCGCGCAAGGAGGAGAUCGUUGCGGAGAAGGAUAAGGCCCAUGAGGGCGCGAGGCCCAUAAGAGCAAUCUUCCUGUCUGAUGGGAACGUCUUCACCACUGGCUUCAGCCGCAUGAGCGAGAGGCAGCUCGCACUCUGGAACCCGCAAAACAUGGAGGAGCCGAUUUCAGUCCAUGAGAUGGACACCAGCAAUGGAGUCCUCCUGCCGUUCUAUGACCCCGACACCAACGUGGUGUACCUGUGCGGAAAGGGUGACAGCAGCAUCCGUUACUUUGAGAUCACUGACGAGGCGCCAUACGUGCAUUACCUCAACACAUUUAUCACCAAGGAGCCGCAGAGGGGCAUGGGCUACAUGCCCAAGAGAGGCCUGGACGUCAACAAGUGUGAGAUCGCCAGGUUUUACAAGCUGCACGAGAGGAAGUGUGAGCCCAUCAUCAUGACAGUGCCAAGAAAGUCGGACCUGUUCCAGGACGAUCUGUAUCCGGACACGGCCGGGCCCGACUGCGCUAUCGAGGCCGAGGACUGGUUUGACGGCAAGAAUGGCGAACCUAUCCUGAUCUCGCUCAAGGACGGCUACAUCCCAGCCAAGAACCGCGACCUCAAGGUGGUCAAGAAAAACAUUCUGGACAACAAGCCCAAGCCCAGCAAGAAUGCAGAGAACAACGCUGCUGCUCCUGCCACCAAAACGGCCAGCGCAGCCCCGUGUGUCAAAAGCGAGUCAAAAUUGGACGAGGUGCUGAAAGAGAUCAAAUCCCUCCGAGAGCUGGUGAGCAGUCAGGAAAAGCGAAUUGCCAAGCUCGAGGAGCAGUUGUCCCAGAUGGACGUCUGAAGGACCCUUUUCCCCUCCCCCAGCUACUGUUCAGGAAAUUCUACUGGCCAGGUGGGCGGAACUAGUCACUGCCAGUCACCGCGACUUCGUUCCGUCCGAGACCUGCCCAACAUUCCAAGAUGAACGUUUUUUGUUUUUUUCUUCAUUCUUUCAUUCUCUUUUUUCUAACCCCUUGAACCAGUUCCAUUUGCAAAAUGAUGGAAGCAUAGGUCUCUCUCAAAAGCCAAGAAUAUCUUUUUACUAAACCUUGUUCCAAAUGUGGCACUUGUGUUUUAUGUGGUGUUUUGUUUUUUUUUUCUUUUCCAAAAGGUGUUAAGCAUUCUUUCUUUUCUCAUAGUCAAAAAAAAUUGUGACCAAUAUUCCAAUGUGAAACAUUGAGUGUGCUCAAAUAUUGAAAUCAGUAUUGCAUUCCUCACUAUCCCUUCUUCUUUGUUGCCAAAUUUUUAGAGGAUGCUCGUAUACGGGCCUCCUUGACAGUAUUUGACCAUAGGUUAAUUUUUUUUUUUUUUUUAAUAAUAUAAAUACACUUAGUCCACUUUGUUCUAAUAAGGGACAUUGCAAUAGGCUGGGAAUGCAAGUGAGGGGAUUGAUUUGAUUUAUCUGACCAUUUAACAGGUCUCUAUACAAGAAAAAUUCAUGUUUGAAAGUGAUUUUAACCAAGCAGGCUGUAUGUACAGAUUGACAGAGGAAAGCAACAUCUGCAUACUGAAACAGUUUUAUGAACAUUUGGAGCAUUUGGGUUUUUUUUUUUGCUGUUUGGAAAUGGUUUGUAUAGUGGUGUAACUGUUCAGCAUUGUUAUUCCAGUGGCCCUGAACAUGGUCAUUGAGGUCUGACUUUUCUCAUCAUUCCAGACACUUCCCUCUUUCCCAGAAACGGUAUCCUCUCAUUAUCCUUAAUGCAUGCAAUAAAGAUUUUUUUUCCCUCCCUAAUUUCUAAAUACAUUCCUGGGUUUUCCUCCCAAUUCUUGUUUUGUGUCUUCGGUUAAAUAGUCUCAGAAGGAAGAAUCCAGAGGAAAUAGCACAUCAUAUUCCAUGUUUUUUUUUCUCUCCAGGCUUCUCUAUGAUUCAGUGUUUACAUUUUACAUCAUAUCAAUUCUGUUAUAAAAACAUGGCCUGAUUAUAGAGCAGGGCUCUUAAAUUAGCUGGAUAAACACUUGGUGAAGGGAUAUUUGAAGUAUUAACGUUAGUAACCUCAAAUUUAACCUCAUAAGACCAUCAUCUCAGACAUUUAGUCCCUCAAGGUGUUUGUCUGGGUGGGUGAUAUCCGCGUAGGUCUAGACACACCCAUGCCCUACUCUUCACUUCCUGUUUCCGUUGUGCAGGAAGCAACUGCCCUGCUCUGUUAGCCAUGCAGAACCAACUUUUUGUAAGGGUGUAGCUCAAGUUCGUCUAGACUAUAUCCUAUAUUCUAUAUCCUAUAUACUAUAACUGAAGAGUAACAAAGUCUGACUCAGAUUACAACAUGCUUGAUGGGUGAGGCACGCCGGGGUCAGGGUGAACCCAACGGUGCUUUCACACUUGGCUGUCCCCCCCCCCCCCCCCCCCCCCUUCAGUAAAAGUGCAGGAAGAGCAUCUCUUGUGACACACUGUAACUAUAACUACGCUUUAAGCAGUUCUCAGCUAAAUAACUAGCCUAGCAUGCCUUCUAGAUUCGAGUUGUUCAUAUUAUUGGUAAUAAAUAUGAAAUAAAGACUGGUGUAACUCUGACAGUGUGGACGGUGUUUGAUUUUGCUACAGCAAAGUCAAACACCGUCCACACUGUCAGAGUUACACCAGUCUUUAUUUCAUAUUUCUGCCUUUAGAGGCAGAAAAUCAGAGAAUUUGACCUGCUUGAGAUACAGUUAAAGUGAGACAUAUCAUGUACCAGAAAAUGUCCCAAAAAAUAGACGAGCUCUUAUAGUUGGUUAUGUGGAAUACUGGCAAUGAAAACUUUUCCAUUCAAAACAACUUCGUAUUAACUCCCUAACAAAUAAUUUUUCAGUCAUUUCCCAACUUGUGACCUGAUUGGUUUGCAAAAAAACCCCAGAAACAUCCUGGCAGUUGAGGAGGGAAAAACUGCAGGUGUGAAAGCGCCCUAAGAAUGUUUCUGUUGUAAUUGGUGUAAUCACCUGUAUGCUUAACACUUCCUUUUUUUUUUUCUUUUUUAUCUUUAUGUACUUCAUUAUGGAACUGAGAGGUGCUUGCAGGUGUUUUACAUCCUCUUUAUUGUUGCUCACACCACCUACAAGAAACGUACAGUACCUUUCUCUCUAUUCAUACACUAUUUUAGAUUUAAAAAAAAAAAAAGAUUUUAGAUGGGAUUUUGUUGCACAGAGAGCUUUAUUUACAUCUGCUUAUGGGGUUAUAACAACGAGGGAAGUGAGCUAGUAGAGGUGAGGUUCAGGGGGAAAAAGUAGAUGUGCCAUCUUUGCUAUGUUAGCUAGGUUCUUAAGGAAGAUGCAUGUAUGGAACGGUGGAAAGAUUUUUCUGGUACAAUUGAGUCUGAAUUGGUAGAUUGGUGUAAGGAUGGAAUGAUGUGGAGGGCAAGUGUGUUAGGGUUUGAGCCCAUUUUAGUGUUAUUGCCUUUUGUAGUAGUUUGUAGUAAUCAUGUCCUGCAUAUAGAAUUGUGUUAAAGGUUUUUUAAUUUUUUUUUUUUUUUUUUUUUUUUAUAAAUAC